UCUGAUUGGGUGCCAAACUCUCUCUGGGUUUAACUUUGUACUACUCACUUCUGGUUCUCGCUCAACCCAAGCUCUUCCCUUCUCUCUGACCGAACCCAAAAACCCAAGCUUGAAACCCAUCUGCUCUCCGUUUUCAUCUCAAAAACCGAAGCUUCAAGGGAGUUCUUGAGUCGGCGUUCAGAUCGGAUUGAGUCGGCGUUCUUGGGCGUCAUUCUUGAGUCGGUGUGGUCGGUGUUCUUGGCUGGGCCGCUGGUGUGGUGGUCAUCGGAGAGGCUGUGGUGGGUUUUGGAUGGUGGAUGCUGUUGUGGUUUUGGGCUUGUGAUUUUGAUUUUAAAAAAACUUUGAACCAGAAAAUUUAAACCAAAAAAAAAUACAAAGAAUUUGUGAGAGAGAGAGAGAGAGAGGAAAUUCUGUGAGACUGUUGUGGAGUUUGCAAGAGAAGUAGAGAGAAGGGUGGCAAAAUGGGAAUUCCUGGUAAAAUUGGGGUUCCAAUGAUGAAUCUGGUUAGGCUGAAAGGGGUGCCAAUUCUGCAGCAAUUACAUCUAGAGGAGCGUUUGCUUCGGACAUCGUCCCACAAUUGGUGCAUCAUUAACGAUGGUACCAAUCAACCUACUAUUGUCAUGGGCGUUUCUGGGAAGCCUGCAGAACUUCUCGAAAUUGAAUCUGUGUUAUGUGAUCAGAUUCCGGUUGUGAGAAGAUUUACCGGGGGAGGUACUGUCCUUGUUGAUCCUGGCACAAUAUUUGUCACUUUCAUAUGCAACAAAGAUGCUGUUGCUGGCGUACAACCAUAUCCUCAGCCUAUUAUGUCUUGGAGUGGCGCAUUGUACAACAAAGUUUUCCAAGGAAUUGGGGAUUUCCACCUUCGUGAAAAUGAUUAUGUAUUUGGUGACCGCAAAUUUGGUGGGAAUGCUCAGUCAAUUACUAAAAACCGGUGGAUCCACCACACAUCUUUUUUAUGGGACUAUGAGGUCCGGAACAUGGCUAACCUGAAACUUCCUGCAAGAGUUCCUGAAUAUCGACUGGCAAGGGGUCAUUUGGAAUUCAUAUGCCGUAUGAAGGAUUACCUGCCAAGAUCAGUAUUUAUUGACAGAACCAUAGAGGCUACUAAAACCCACUUUUCCUUAAGAUCAACAGACUUAGAAGCCAUUGAGACUUCUGCAAAUACAAAAUUUUGCCCCUCAACCAGGCUAUUGACUAUGCAGGAACUGGAGACAGCAGCAAAAUUUGCUUCUCAGUCUAAGGUUUCUCUCUCUCAGUCAUUUUCAUUGUGAUAACAAGUGCUAACAUUGCAGGAAGUCCUAAUUCCCCCCCUUUUUUUCUCCCAUAAUUCAUUGGAAUAAUCAUAAUACUUGGCAUGAGCCAUUGGCAUUA